AUGAAAUUGGCCCCAGCCCCUGCCCCCGCCCUCGUACUGGCCAACAAGUGUAAACUGACCGUGAAGCCCAAAUGUAUGGUCAGCAACAGCCCUAAUACCCGCAGGUCUUCUGGACGUCGCAGCACCCUCGGAAGCAGUGACGGCUCCCUCUACAUGUCUGCUCUCAGUGAUGUGCUGGAUGAAGAAUUGACUGAUAUGUCGACCACAGAGGCUCAAUCACUGCCAGUGCCACUGGUCAAUAUUGACGUGGAGUGUGCCACCUACUUUUAUGAAAUUUUUGAAUACUUGAAGAGUAGAGAAGAGUAUUUCAAAAUCAGAGACUACAUGAAGAUGCAGAAAAGCCUAAGUCCUCAGGCGAGGGCGAUCCUGGUGGACUGGAUGGUGGAGGGCCAAGAGCACUUGGAACUUGACCACGAGACCCUGUACCUGGGUGUCAAGUUGGUGGACUCGUAUCUCUCACACAUCAAAGUCUCCAAGAAGAGUCUCCAGUUAGUGGGGGCUGCAAGUCUCAUGAUUGCCGCCAAAUAUGAACAAGGCAUGUCACCUAACAUUGAAGAUAUUCUGUCCAUAUGCGAUGAAUCAUACACACUCAGAAACAUGACGAAGAUGGAGGUUAAAAUUCUGAAGGUGAUCAACUUUGAGCUUGGCUUCCCACUCUCAUAUAUGUUCCUCAGAACCUAUGCUAGGUGUUCCAACACCCCACUACCUUUGUUAACACUGGCCAGAUUUGUCCUUGAGUUCACACUGAUGGACUACAGCGUAGUAUUUCUCUCAGACUCCAAACUGGCUGCUGCAGCGUUAUACAUAGCUUUCAAGAUGAAGAAGGAACAGGAGUGGGAUGACAAACUUGUGAACUGUACAGGUUACAGAAUAGAAGAUUUUAUUCACAUUGCUCAUGCACUGAACAACAUUCUCCACCAGGAGCCUAGACAAUGCAUCCAAGCUGUCAGGAAUAAAUACUCUGAUAAAGUCUUCUAUGAGGUGGCCAAAAUUCCCCUUGUGGACAACAAGGAGUUAUGA